GCGCAAAGGAAUGAUUUUACAAAAGUCCUUAUAUUUUCUGAUACUACAUGGACACUUAAGAAACGUUUUGUCGGCAAUGACGUUUUAGGCCUUGCAUCAAGAUGAAGCACUGGCCGUAUGCCUUGGCGGCGGUGGGCGUCCUGUACGUGCUGACUCUGGGCGUGAUGCUCCGGCGGUUCGCUUAUCUCUUCGACUCAGAAGAGCUCCAACUACCUGCGUGGACUGACACCUACCUAGACGAGAAAGCUCUAGGACUACCUUGGACGAACAACCAAAACGCUCCGAUACUACAAUACAAACCCCUCGGAUUCAACAAAACACCGAAACCGACGAAGCAAAACGCGAAUAGUGCGAAUAACGAUAAUCUGCAAUACAAACCAAUUAGAUUAAACCAAACACCUAGACUGACAAAAGAAACACGAAUAGUGUGAAUAACGACAAUCCACAAUAUAAACUACUCGAAUCCAACAAAACACCGAAACCGGCGAAGGAAAACACGAGAAGUGGGAAUAGCGAUAACCUGUCAGUCGCGGAGAGAGAAAGCCGGUUCGAAACAAGCAACGAAACGCUUCACGACACGAAUAAUAUCAUUGGUCGCGACGGAGAGACUUUCACCGUUGAAGUGACUGUCGGGAAGUGGGAGUUGGAAGUG